UGAUGACGGAUGGCAGAUUUCAGGUUAUUUCUAUCGCGUUUUUAUUUAAUUUUUCUGUAAAAUAAGCCUCGUCUUUCUUCAAAGUAUUCGAAAAUAUGUUUACAUGUUGAGUGCUCGAAAUAAAAUGUAAAACUAGUGAAAAAUGACCCAAAGCUGAUUUGUACAACAAAAUACAAAUUUCUUCUUUGACAUGGAUGAAGAACAAUUAGGAACUUUUAACAAUUCCACCGAGGAUUUUGAAAAAUCCUUACAAACUUGUUCAGAUGACAGUACAUCGGAGCAUAUGGUUGCCAUUAAAAACACUGUUGUGGAAGAAGAACCAAUAUCGUCAAAAAUUAAAAAGGGUCAUGAAAGUAUUGACUGUUCGAAUGACAUAAGUAUUGAUUCUACAAUAAAAUCAGGAGCUUCUUCACCAAAAGUUGCUGUUGCUACUAAUGGUUCUAAUGAGAUUCAAGAUUUGAAAAGUGUCAUAACUAUUGCUGAAGCUGUGUCUUCCAAUGAAAUUGAUGAAUUCACAAAAUUCAAAACUUCUCCUAGUGCUCUGUCAUCAAGCUCCAGUUUAUUGGAAAGUUUGACACCUUUGGAGAAAGAGGCAGAAAGCAGCCAGUCUUCAACUUCAAUUAUGAAUACGAAUGUAGAACCUUGUGAGCAUCAAGCAAUAGAUAUUGGUCAUAUAUUGACUAAGCAAUCGUCAGAAGAAAAUGAUGAAUCCUCAAAACGUGUUCAAUCCCUCGUUAAGGCAAGACCUACGUUGGCAGAUGAUUCUAAGCUUGUGAAAAUGUCUUUGCCUGGAAAUCCCAUAAACUUAAUGCAGUCCAAUGCGCAAUUUCUUAACCGCAGCCGCAACUUCUUAAACUUUAUUACUGAAAAGUCAACAAAUAUCAUGGAAAAGACAUUACUCCCACAACAUUUGGCUGUACGUUAUAAUACCGUUAUGAAAUUAACAGACACAGGAUAUGUCGCAGACAAGAAAGAACUACAAGAAUCAACUCCAAUGUCAGAAAUUAUUAACGAAAUUGAAUAUGCAGAAAAAAUCCCUGAACAAAACCUAAUGCAUAAUGAUAGUCAAAAUGAAAAUAGUUCACCUUCAGAAUGUACAAGUCCUGAGAAUCUUAGAUAUGACACUGGACAAAAAGCUUUUGUUGCUGAAACUUUGAUUAAAAAUAUGCCAAUGAACAAGAAUAUAUCUGAUUUCCAAAGAGUAGAUAAUAUGGAAGAGGAAAGACCAGAAACGAUAUUCCAUGUACUCGAUUUGACAAAAUUUGAAAACAUUAAGAUGGACAGUAACAAUGCCAAUAGUGGAAUAGUUUUGAGGACUGCAGAUGAUGUUUUGACAAACGCAAGUCCAGAAACUUCAGAAAUUAACCCUAACGAAACUUCUGAAAUAAAUGCUUCAAGUCCAAGGGAGUCUCUAGAUUCUAAUAUCUCAAAUAGUCCAAAAAACGGCUUACUAAAUCAUCCUGUGUACCUGACCCUUUUGAGGGAUUAUGCUAGUGUAAAAGAUUAUAAUCAGAAGUUAUCAGAUAAAACUGAAGUAUUAGAAAAAGAAAACAAACGUCUAGCAGCUGAAAAAAAUGGUGAAUUGUACGCCAUCCAAAUCGAAACCUUAGAAAAGACGAUUGAACAUCUGAGGCAUGAAAUGAAAGAAGCAACAACUAAGCAGGAGACUCUAAGUAAAGAAUAUACAGCUGCAAAUAAGGAACGUGAAAGUAUGGUAAUGAAAUAUGCAGUCAGCGAGAAGCAAUUGAUAGAUGCUCAACGGGCUAGGGAUUAUGCAGAACGUAAACUUAAAGAAAUGUUGAAAGAGCAGGAGCUUCUUCAGAACAAAGUGAAACAAAUUCAGGGUGAACGUACAAGGAUAUGUAACAUUCUUGAUGCAAAAUGUCACGAUUUGACGGACGCCCAAAAGGAGGUGGAAAGACUGAAGGAAGAGGUAAAUGUAAAAGAUGUGAAAUUGAAAUGGACGCAAAACAAACUAAAGACUGAAAUGGAAGCUAGAAAGGAGACCCAGCAAAAGCUAGACAAAGCUUUGAUAAGGAUUAACGAUAUGAAAGAAGAAUGUGAUCAGGUGCGUCGUGAGACACAAGAAACCAUGCGCAGAUUCCAACAGUCAGAGGAGAACAAAGCAGUCACUCUGGACCAACAAUUGAAAGAACAACAAGCACGGCUAAUCUUAGAACGCCACGUAACAGAGGACAAGGAGAUGUCACGAAUGCAAUUGCAAAAGGAAGUCGACCUUCUGAAACAGAGACAACAGGUGCUUAUAGAAGAGAACAACACUCUCAGCUUAAAAGUUCAAGAGUUGGAAAAGAAUCGGCUUAGCUAUGAGAGUAAUCUGAGUAAUCUCAAGAUAAUAGCGGAUCAACGUCAGAAAGAAAUUGUGGACUUGGUUGGGAAAGUAUCUCAACUGGAAACAUUAAAAUUACAGUUAAUACAUACGGAGCAGUGUUUAUCAUCGAACGAAACUGAAGUUCAGAGGCUACGUCAGGCAAACGAAGAACUUCAAAGUGACAUGGAGUCGUGUAGACAACGCGAAGCUCAUAUGCUAGAUUUUACGCAAAAGCUAACAGACAAGAAUGUGAGACUUCAAUCAGAAUUUACAUCGAUAGAAGCCAAGGCGCAGCAGCUUGAAUCUGAACAAGGUCCUCUGCGUGAGCACAUAGAAGAACUGUCUACAAAGGUGAAGAAGCUGGAGGAGAGUUUAGCUCAAGAGCGAAGUAAAAGAAUUGAGGAAUGCGAACUCCUGGCAAAACAUGUAGCCGAGCAAACUCAACUGGCUCGUAACCUCACACAGAAGUUGGAAGACAGCCAAGGAGAAAACGCUGUACUUAGAAGGAAACAGCAGAUCUCGUUAAAGGAGAUGACUAGGGAAUUACAGCACUGUCGAAAGAGACUAGAAGCGUUUGAGACUGCAUCCCCUAGCAGUUCGUUAGACCCUGCAUCAAGAACAGGCUCUAGUACCUCCUUGAACAUAGGAGAUACGUUAAAUGGUGCUUUGUCUGAUAACAGUAUUGGUGGAGAUCAUACGUUACAAACUGGUGAACCGGACAGACAGACAUUGAUAGACAGAAUUGUAAAACUACAGAAAAUUAACGUGAGACGUGCUGAGAAAUUGGAUUUCCUUGAAGAGCACACGCGUACCCUGGUCGAGGAGUUGCAGAAGAAAACAAAAAUAAUACAGAAUUAUAUUUUGCACGAGAACUUUGAUGCAAUGGGCAGUAACGAAAGGGACAGAAAUAAGCAUCUCAAGAGUAGACGAAACGCUGCUGAACUAGCGAGACACGGCGGUAUUAUGGCCUCCGUGUACAAUCACCGAGUCUCUGAUGAUAAUAUGACGCUGGAGCUCUCCCUAGAAAUAAAUCAGAAACUGCAAACAGUUUUGGAAGAUACAUUGCUGAAAAAUAUAACGCUGAAGGAUAACAUUGAUACUCUCGGCGAAGAAAUCGCGAGAUUAACUAUGCAGAAUAAUCAACGUAAAAAAUAACAAGCCAUAGAUAUUGGCGAAUAUGGCAAAGGUUCAGUUAACCAGGGAUUAACAUAUAUAGGCCACAAAUAUUCCUAAUUCUGGUGCUAGGAAAUUGUACUUACGUAUUUGCAAGCCUCGGGAAGCAGUGGAACCUCAUAAUAAUGAAGUCAUAACGUCAUCUUCACAACCUUGUUGUCAUAGCACUCAUGCCACUUGUUAUAUUGUACAUUAUUUUUUUUUCAUGUUUUUUUUUCUUCUCUUGCCUCUUUUCGCUAAACAUAUUACGAAAAACAGAGCCAAUCCAUUAACGAUAUAAAAUUCGAAUUUACACUCUUGACGUAUCUAGUCAAAAAUAUUAUUUUAUCAAAAUGGUGCUCGGUGCGUGUUAUUUGAUAGGCCAUAAUAUUUGCAACAAGAACAUUGCCCUUCUUGCGUUCAUUUAUAUCGCAAUUCAUGUAAUUUGCGAGACCUUUUCUCAACUUUUAGAAACGAUAUAUUUUGUUGUUCUAUUUAAAACGGCCUAUUACGCCGAUAAAGCAGUUUGUUAUGUCCUUUUUUUUAUUUAUACUAAACUUACAAUUAUUUGUUAUUUUAUCCUGAUGUACUGAUGUACUUAUCUCAACCAAUAAUUGUUUCAUUGUUCAUUGCCGAUGAAAACACACAUUCCCAAAAUUGAAGAAAGCCCAAUUCCAAAUUACACUUAUUGUUAUUAAAGUAUCGAUUAAAAUUGUUUUUUUAACCAAUCGCAUCCACAAACACACCAUCAACUCAUUAACACAAAGAUGACUAUACGUGUAUUAAAUCGUGUACUGUAUUCAAGAAAAAGUUGUAUCAUAUUAUACACGUAAGACAUUAAAUAUAACAUGUACGAUACUCCUGAAACGGAUAAAUAGAAAUAAAUUUCGUCAAAAAAAAAAAAGAAAAGCAAAAAGAAGAAACCUCCACCAAGUACGCGAGAACGUUCCUUAAAUUAAAAAAAAAAUAAAAAUAAAAAAGACCAAAGCACAACCUGUAUCAUAGACAUACUGAAUUUUUAUUCGUAUACGCCAUACGUAGCAAAUACGAGUGAAUAUACAAGAUAAUAAUAAUAACCAUUUCAAAUAUUCUGCAUGAAACUUUACGUAUUCUCAAGCAAUUAUUGAGAAUGACGAGGAGUAAAAAGUGAAAAAAAUUAAAACAAAAUUAGUCAUAAAAUUCCACGUCUUUUUUUUUAAUAAUACAAGCGCGGCAAAUAUGAAAAUUGUUUUUUGAUUGAGUGGAGCAUCGCGUAUUCGUAAGUAUUUUAUAUUCGUUUUCAACAAAAAGAAAUUCAGAGAUUUCUCUACUUUAAUUUGUACACCGAUUGCCACCUUAUAUGAUUAGUGCGCUCAGAACUGUAUUUCUUCAUCACAAAUCUAUUUCUCUUUGCUUUCAAACGUUUCUUCUUCUUUCUCCUCCAGAGAUCACGUGCAUUCUCGCAGAUGAAGGAAAAGGGAGAAAAGGCCGCGUUCAAGGACGGUGGAUUACACGUGCAGCGUCUAAUAAAAAGUGAAGAAGCACUGAACAACCCAGCGAUAUUUAUGACAACGAUGAUGAUUCCAUCUUUUUUUUUCUUCCCCGGCUCUCACGUGAAUAAGACACAUUUUCCAUUGGGCGAGUGGAAUGAGUUUUUAGCGUUUUUUUUUCUUUCAUAAAUAUGUUAACGCUAAAAUGCGACUGGAAUUGGGCAAUACGUGUUGUAUUUAUGUACAAACGAGACAAAUCUAGCGAAAUAUACAAGUCAAGUGGCGGAUAUAGCUAUAGAUACGUAAUAACGAUUUUAAGAGUUGGAAAUAGAUAUAUAUAUAUUUAUGUAUAUGCGUGUGUAUGUAUAAUAUAUUUAUAUAGAAGAUA